UCGAGAGUAUCACAAUUUGUCGAUGGUCUCUCUAUCAAUGCGCUAAAAUAUGAAUUGUGUGUUCUUCUUCGUAAUUUGUACUAAUUUAUAGCGUAUACAAUGUUCAUAAAUUUUACACAAAUACAUUUUGAUUGUUUUGUUUAGGUAUUAUGAAUGUUAUGUUUAUAAACGUAUAAAUUAACAUUAAAUAUUAGUAGAUGAAGUAUUCAGCAACAUGUUUGUUGCCGUAGACACAAAGUAUUAUGAUUUUUUUUGGUUACCUUCUGCAAUUACUUCUUAAAUUAAGUGAUACUUAAUGCUAAAUCAAUAAGGAAUAGGUUAAUAGCAUAAAUUCAAUAUGAAAUGCGUAGUACCAGGAGCAAAUGUAAAAAUUUUAGCAAAAGCUAUACAUGCAUUGGCAAAAAUUGGAGAUGAAAUGUACAUAGAACCUCAAAGCAAUGCUAUAUCAUUUCGUACUGUCAACAUGGCAAAUUCUGCAUAUGCUGAUUUUACAUUUUACCAAACUUACUUUUCAUAUUACGUUUAUGGCGAUUUGCAAGAAAAUGAUGCACUGAAAUGCAAAAUUUCAAUGAGGAGCGCAAUGACAGUAUUCAAAACUCCAAAUUUAAUAGAUAAACAAGUAGAAACGUGUCAUAUUAAAUUGGAACCAGAUGCAUCUGAAAUUUUGUUUAUCUUAAAGUACAAAAAUAGUAUUACAAAAAUUCAUUUAUUACCUAUAUUGGACUGUGAAAUAUUACAGACUGCAUAUGAUAAAGAGUCCGCAAAAAACCAACUUUUAUCUCAAGCACGUGUAUUUGGAGAUGCAGUGCAAAAUUUCCAUCAGAACUUAAUUGAAAUCACAUUGGAAGUUUCAGCACAGAAACUUUUAUUAAGAAAUUAUGUGGAUGAUGCUUCAGGAUUAUCAAACACAACACGUACACAACUUGCACUUGGAAGAGGGGAAUUUGAUAAAUACAAUAUUAACAGUGAUACAUCAAUCACAUUUUGUAUGAAAGAAUUCAAAGCUAUUUUGAACUUUGCAGAAACAGUAUUAAUACCAAUUAGCAUAUACUUUGAACAAGCUGGAAAGCCAGUCAUAUUUGGUUUAAAAAAUCCAUCCUUUGAUGGACAUCUAAUACUUUCUACACUAAGUUCUGAUACAGAUAGCCAAACUGAGACAACAAUAAUUGGUAAACAGGAAAAAUCUGUUAAAAGAAGGACUGGGAAUAGGCGGGCUCCUAGAAAGUCCAAUAAAUCUACAAAUAAAGUAGAGAAUAGGACAGUCAAAACUUUAGCAAGUAGUACUACUAAAGCUACUCAUUCACAUUUAUCAGAAAAGAAGAAGCAAACGAACGAACAUAGUUUUCACGAAAAAGAUAAUUUGCAACUUAAUAAAAAUACGAAGAGUAAUCAAAGCAAUAAUAACAUUAAUCAUUUUCGACUGGAAAAAGAUAAUCAAGAAGAAUUUCAUACUAAUCCAUCAACAAGUUGCAACACAAGUGCAAGACUUACUGAAACAUGUACAAGUGGAAGAAAAUUAGUAAAUUCUGUGUUUUCUACAAUUACAAAAAGAAAGUCUAGUAAUGAUGAAACAAAUAAGCAAAGAUUAGAAAAUAGUGAUAAAUUUGAUAUGUUAGAAGAUGCAAUACCAAGUUCACCACCUCCACCAGCUAAGAAAGCCCGUUUAAUAUUUCAAAAAUGUUUUCAAAAGACAUUCGAUCCAAGCACUUUGUCUGGAUAUGAUGUAAUUUUAGCUGAAGAUUCAGAUGAGUGUUGUAGCGAAUAAAAAUAUUUUUUGACAGAUAUUUAUAUGUAUUUAUGUUCUAAAUAAGUGUCCUUACAGGUUUAUUACAUCAGGCUUUAUAAGAUUCAAAUGUAUUCAUGAUUG